AUCUGCGAGGCACAAACAUAAAACAUCAAUCCGUGAGGUCCAGCAGGAACAAAACGCGAUCCAUGAAGUUUUUAGGAUGACUGUUAUAAAAACCCGUCUGCACUGGGAGGCGCAGCUUUUACACCUCAAGCAAGCGCAGGCUCCCGGGCAGCCGCUCUGCCUGCAGCACCUUGGAGGAACCUGCGGGAUUAGAGGAUAACGCAGCCCGAGCCGGCAGACCCCGAGUGCCACGGAGCGCUCAAAUCCCCCGCGGAACUCCCCGCACCCGCGGGGCCGCAGCACCGCGGGCGCGGAGGGAGCCUUAAAAACCCUGACCGCAGCCGCGACCCGACCCCUUCGGGCGGGGAGAGCCGCCGGGAACCCCCCCAGGCAGCGGGCGCGCCGGUGACCCCGCUCCGCCCGCCCCGGAUCCCCCCGCCCGCCGCGGGUGUCGCAACCGCGCCCGUCCUCAGCCGCGCCCCGCGGGGGGAGCGCGCAGGGAACGCGCAGGGAACGCGCAGGGGCGCGGGCAGCGCUGCCGGCCCCGCGCCCGGCCCCGCGGCCGCCCCGCGCCGCCGAUGCUGUCGGUGCCGGUGCCGGUGGCGGGCGCGGGGGCGGCGCGGGGCGCGGGCUCCCUGCCCCGCCGGCGCACCAUGUGCAGCGGGGUCGGCUGCUUCUGGGCGCUGCUCUCCGCCGGCCUCCUGGCCGCCUGCGCCGCCGCCUUCCUCUCGCCGGCCUGGCUGCUGCCGCCCGGCCGAGCCGCCGCGGGUUUCGGCUUGCUCUGGCGCUGCGCCGGGCCGCCCCGCGGCUGCCACGGCUCCGCCGGCCCCGGCGGCUUCGGAGACAUCCCCUCCGGUUCCUGGCAGACGAGUGCUGUGCUGUGUGCGGGCGGCUGUGCCCUGCUGGCCCUCAGCUCCCUGCUGGCCAUCGUCGCCGUCGUGCUGCCCGGCGGAGCCUGCGAGCGCCGAGUCUGCACCCUGGCUGGCUACAUGCAGACAGCAGCAGUGUUCAUAAUGGCUUCUGGGCUUUUGGUUUACCCUUUUGGUUUCAACUCUGCUACUGUGAAGAGAUUCUGUGAGAACUCAGACAUCUACUAUGCAGGAGACUGCCAGAUUGGAUGGGGGUACAUGCUGGCAAUUGUUGGGGUCAUGUUGUCUGUCUUUUUACCAUUCUUUGCAAAAUAUGCACCAAAAGAGCACAUAUCUCCAACUCCAAUACCUACUAUUUUAUAGUAUUUUAUUACUAAGAACAGAACAUUCCUGUCUACACUAAUGGGCAGAAAUUAUUGAAGCACUUCCAGCUGGCUGUGUUGCUAAAGAGAGGAGAGGAGAUGGGGAAGAGAAGGUCAGAUUGACAAAGACCAAAAGUGCAUUGAAAGUCUUCCGUAAGCACGAGCAGCGAACGCUCUGGAAUUGAAAUGGGAUUAAUCAGCAGCCUUUACACUGCUCUAAACAGAUCAUGGCAUACUGCCUUAGACAAAAAAUAAUCAGUUUAUCCUCAAAACAUCUGUCUACCUCCCAGUUUCUUUUGUGUCUCAAAAUUGUGAGUCUUAAAAGCUUCAAUUCACUUUUGAUAUAUUGUGAAAUGUCAGAACUUUUAUGAACCCACUAACUUUAAAAUUAAUAAUGAUAUUUUGUUACAAUUAUUUUGAUUAGUGAAAAAGCACCUACUAGUAGCCACAGCCUAAAAUUAAAAUUGAUAGGUAAAAAACUGUAUACAAGAAAAGUUUCUUUUUAAUCUGUAUAUAUUAACAGCACCUGCAUAUUUUAAGUUCUGGGCACAGUUUUUACUUCUGCUCUAAUUGCCAAGAUAUAGAGACAUCUUCAUGAACUCUCGGGUAAAAUUGAAAUUUCUUUUCUUCUGAGAGGUCCAACUACUUCCAAAGGCUUAAUGAUGAUCUAAUACUUUAACAACAGGAAAAAAAAAUCCUAAGAAUUAAAAAUAAUUCAGUAUUUUUAAAAUUAUAAUUCUAAGUGGACUUUAACAAAAUGUUUUGAACUAUGACAGCUAUAGUUUUUAGGUUUUGUUGUUUAAGGCUGAAAAGAAAAAAAUCUCUGUUUACAAAAAUGUCUGUGCCCAAUGGCCCUUAUCUGUAGUGAUAAUACAAGCCAGAAUGAAAUAAUUCCAGUAUUUCCACUGCAAUUCAGAGUCCAGAUUGUAAAACAAAAAAGUGAAGUGAAAUGCUAUUGAACAUGACCAGCAAAAAUCUGAUGCUGUGUCAGAAGUACAAAUGGCCAUAUUUCAUCAGUCUGUAGGGAAAUUUUGUGAGGUCUGAUUUCCACAAUAGCACUGAAUUCAUUAUUAUCAAGCUUUGAAAUAAGUGCACUUGAUUGCCUUAAGCAAAAGAAACAUUGGGUUCUAAUCUCACACCACUGUUGUGUUUUUUCAUUUAAAACUAAAUUUUAAUUCUAAUUCUAUUCUCAUCUUUUAUUUUCUAUUAUUUAUUAAAAAGAAAAAUCACAUAGAUUAUAUUUAAUUCAGAGCUGUUCUUCUUAGUUUUGUAUUUUGGCACAAACCAGGUGAUCAAAUUUAUUAUUCUUCACUUAGCUGAGUCCAACUGAUUCCUGAAUUUUUAUUUUUUUAAUAGAAGGUGUACAUGAAGGGACAGACAGAGACAUGUUGAGGAUGUAUAAGAAAAUGCAAACAGAACAAUCACUGUGUUAUUUUAAUAUACAUCAAAGACUUCUGCAGUCUUGUUUACAUUCCUCACCCUUCUAAACUUCAAUGGAACAUUGCAUUGUUUUCCAAAAUAAUUGUCCUGUUGUUACAUUUCCACGCACUCUGAAAGCAAUUUCUGCACAUAGACUUAGCAAGUUCUUCGGAAAUGCAGAUUCCAAUGCAGAAUUAAGUACACUGAGAAAGAGAGCAUGAGUGCUUUGCACUUUUAAAUCUGAGAAAUUAAAUCUUCCAAACAUUUAACAAAACAGGCUGAAGGAAU